UCCAACAUGGCGGACCAGCGUUAAAUCAAGCGCUUGCUAGCUCAGAGAGACAGAGUUACCCGUCUGUUUAUGAAGCUUAGACUCGGUUUAGUUAUUUUUAGGGAUGUAAAAGUGUAUUUUGUGUACUGUGUAAGAAUGUUAUGUUGAUAAAAUGAAGUAAUAAGAGUGACUUUGUAACUGCAAAUUACACGAAGCUAAACUAGCACUGUCGUGACGCGGGGUUAAUCCAUGAGAUCCUGUUAAUCCACUCACUAGUGAGGCUCUAGUGAAGAUACUAUAAAUGUUAAAGGCAGGAGAAAUCCUCAAACUGUUGUGGAGUUAAAAUAAUAAAGUCUACUGUGUGCUGUGAUCUCUUCAUAUCUGAGAAGAUGGAGCUUAACUUAAAACAUGUUGAUUACCUACAGGUUGGAGUGACUUCUCCGAAAACUAUGAAACUUUUACCUGUGGUGGGCCGAAAAGGAACACAAAAGGUUGCUGUCGCAGAUCAUGAAGGUGUGGUCAAUUGUUUCGGGAUGAAAAGGGGAGAGGUGGCUCCUGUGUUUAAAAGUCUCCCAGGACAGAAAAUCUCCAAGCUGGAGCUGGGAGGUGCAUUAGGAACACCGCAGGAGAAGAUCUUUGUGUGCUCAGGCUCUGAGGUUAGGGGUUACACCAAAAAGGGCAAACAGUUUCUUGCUUUUGAGGCCAAUCUGACUGAGAGCAUCAACGCCAUGCGUGUCUCUGGGGCUGACCUUUUUGUCUGUGCCAGCUACAUUUACAACCACUACUGCGACUGCAAAGACCAGGACUACUUUCUGUCAGGGGACAAGAUCAACGACAUGGUCUGUUUGCCGGUUGAGACGGUGGGACGUAUGGUGCCUGUUCUAGCAUGCCAAGACAGAGUACUCCGCAUAUUACAGGGUUCAGAGCUGCUGUAUGAUUUCGAGAUUUCAGGCCCACCGUCUGUUUUGGAGCUUCACAACAGGGAUGGAGGUAAGGAUGGGGAGGAAGUGCUUUACGGAACAGCUGAUGGCAAACUGGGGCUUGUGCAGUUAACCCAUUCAACUCCUGUCCUUAAAUGGGAGGUGGACAAUGAGAAGAAAAAAGGAGGUGUGCUGUGCAUUGAUACAUUCGACAUCUUGGGUGACGGAGUAAAAGACAUCCUCGUUGGGAGAGACGAUGGGACAGUCGAGAUCUACGGACUGGACAACUCCAACGAACCCACAUUGCGUUUUGAGAACGUGUUGACAGAAAGUGUCACAUCGAUCCAGGGAGGGUGUGUAGGAAAGGAGUCAUAUGAUGAAGUUGUCACGGCAACAUACACAGGUUGGGUAUCAGGUCUCACUACAGAGCCUCAGAAGAUGGAGGCGGGCCCAGGAGACGAGGUGAAGAUGAGCCGGGAGACCCAGGCCAAAGUGGCUGCUCUCAGGGCCGAGCUGGAGCAGCUGCAGGUGAAGGUGAUGCAGGGACGAGAGAAAUACCAGCAGAGCUCGCAAUCCAGCACCGCUGUAUCUGCCGUGCCGGCUUUUAGCAUCAACGACAGGUUCACUCUCUGCCAAGAGGACGCCAGUUACAGCCUGACGCUAGAGGUGCAGACCGCCAUCGAUAACCUGCUGCUACAGAGUGAUGUUCCUAUAGACCUGCUGGACGUGGAUAAGAACUCAGCAGUGGUUAGUUUCAGCGAAUGUGAUUCAGAGCCAAAUGGGAAUUUCCUCCUUGCCACAUACAGAUGCCAGGCUAACACCACCAGGCUGGAAUUAAAGGUGAGGUCGAUCGAGGGUCAGUACGGUACUCUUCAAGCUUACGUAACCCCACGGCUGCAGCCUAAAACCUGCCAGGUGCGUCAGUACCAGAUCAAACCACUUUCGCUCCACCAGAGGACACACAGCAUCGAUCACACCAGGCCUAUGAACACCUUGAGGCUAUCGGGGCAGUUCAGCUUUGCCGAGAUCCACUCGUGGGUCGUGUUCUGCCUGCCAGAGGUGCCUGAGAAAACCCCAGCAGGAGAAAGCAUCACCUUUUAUUUUCAGAACACUUUCCUGGGAACGCAGCUCGAGGCGAGCUACUGCAAAGGAGAAGGGAACUUUAAAUCAGAUAACAUUUCAACGAUAUCCAUCCUCAAGGACGUUCUGUCUAAAGAGGCCACCAAGCGCAAAAUCAAUCUAAACAUUUCUUAUGAAGUGAAUGAAGAAUCUGUGAGCCAUACACUGAAGAUGAUUCAUCCUAAGCUCGAGUAUCAGCUCUUGUUGGCCAAAAAGGUUCAGCUUAUCGAUGCUUUAAAGGAGCUGCAAGUGCAUGAAGGAAAUGCAGAUUUCCUGAUUCCAGAGUAUCGCAGUAUACUCGACGAGUCUGCUCGCCUGUUAGAGGAAUACAAAAAACAGCCAGCUCACCUGGAAAGAUUAUACGGCAUGAUUACCGACCUCUUCAUCGACAAGUUUAAAUUCAAAGGGCAAAACGUCAAGACAAAGGUUUCACAACUUCUUGAAAUAUUAGACAACUAUGAUCUGAACUCUCUGGUGGACUUUUUCAAUGAUGCUUAAUUAAAAACACCAAUGACAAAGUUUUUUUAUUAUUUAUUUGUAAUAUGUUUGCUCUGUGAUUCGAUUUCUUCGAUAUUUAUUUUUAGUAUCUCUAUUAUCUCACAUGCCAAAGCACAGAGGCCUCACAGAGAGGUAUUAAUACUUCAUGAAAUAGUGCUGUGUAUAAUAAUGUGUAUUAGUAUUUGUAUUCAAAUAAAUGUUUAAAUUCA